GGAAUGUUAUUCUGCACUACUAAAUAUGGUAUUAUUUAGUUGUCAAGGCCAACCUUAGCAAAAGUAAAACUUAAUAUUUUAACCCACUCUUGGAAUUUCAUGGCUACUAUUAUUAAUUGCCUAAAAUGGUGGAACUAGGAGAAUAUUAACGUAUAGUUAUUUGAAUACCAUUGAAUUCCAAUAAGGUCUCAUUUAUCUCAUUGUUUAGGCAACAUUUUACCCUGGACUAUGUGACCCAACUUCUCAAGGUGGACUUGGAUUUGAUUAUUAUGUCAAUCUUUCUGCAUCAGAGAUGUGGUUCUCUCUUCUUGAAAAUGUACCUGAUCAUGAAUGGAGGAUGAGCAAGAUUGUUACCACAUUAAUUGCAGACAGACAAUAUCCAGAGAAGAUGCUUAUCUAUGCUGAAAAUCACAACCAAUCAAUAUCUGGAGGGUGCUCAUUUGCAGAGAUAUUGUUUGGCAAAAUCAAGAAGGAUUCUCCUGGCUCAAAGGAGUCAUUGCUUAGAGGGUGUUCAUUGCACAAAAUGAUAAGAUUGAUUACAUUUACAAUUGGUGGCCACGCUUACCUCAACUUUAUGGGCAAUGAAUUUGGGCAUCCUAAGAGGGUCGAAUUCCCAAUGCGAAGCAACAAUUUCUCCUUCUCACUUGCCAACCGUCAGUGGGACCUGCUGGCUGCCGGAGUGCAUCAAGAUUUGUUUUCCUUUGAUAAGGAGUUGAUGAACUUGGAUGAAUCAGAGAGGGUACUGUCAAGAGGUUUACCCAACAUUCACCACGUGAAUGACACAAAUAUGGUAAUAUCCUACGUACGAGGUCCUUUUCUCUUUGUAUUCAACUUUCAUCCAACAGAUUCUUAUGAAGGAUACAAUGUGGGAGUAGAAGAAGCUGGAGAGUAUCAAGUGAUAUUGAACUCUGAUGAACUGAAAUAUGGAGGUCAGGGUCUUCUAAAGGAGAACCAUUAUAUUCAAAGAACAAUUAACAGAAGAGUUGAUGGUCUACCAUACUGCUUAGAAGUAUUUCUACCUUCCAGGACUGCCCAGGUUUCCAAGUUAACUCGGAUUUUAAGAAUAUGAUACACUAUCGCUUUUUGAAGGAACAUACCAAGCAGAAAGAGGAGCAAGAAAAGCCAAGAAACCAAUUGUUUAUAUAAUAUAAACUGCUAUUAUAUAUCUUAAGAGAAAAAGAUUGUAGCAGUGGAGGAUUCACCAUGAAAUAGCAUAUACAAUAAGCUUAGAACUACAAGUGCAAGGGUGCGCUACACUUCACUGUCCUAUUUUCCGGGUGCAGCUGCUGACUGGGGUCGACUUUGUUUUUCAAAAGCUUAACUACCUCAACAUGACCGGUAUUAUCUCCACUGUGUCCAUAUAGGACACGAGUAAUUGGCUAUUUGAUGCUUGAAGAAAUGGCGAUCCUUGGUACUGUCAUGACAUGAUUCUGGAUCAAGUUGGUGUCGCCUUCCGAAUGGAUCGAUCUGGUGUCAGGUUACAGAUUCAGUGAAAAUCAAGGAGAAUUCUAGUUUCCUAGAGUAAUUUUCUAAAAUUUUAGCAAUCUUAGUAAUUUUGUGUACUAAUCACUUGACAUUGCAUAAUUACUUUGUCACUAUACAAAAUUAAUGUUAGCAAAUCAAUGUGAAUGUGAUGCUUCUAAGAGAGCAUAGUGAGAGUAUGUGGAAUCAAAACUUACUGAGAGCUAGCUCUUGACU